AUGGCCCGAGACGAAGUAACGACAUUGCAGAGCCUUGAGAAGCCCGAAGACCUCAACAAACUUCUGAGGCAAGAUGCCAAGGAGGACUGUACAGCUUGUCGCGUUGUUGGCGGCGGUGCUUUUAUAGGUCUCGCAGCCUUCAACUAUGUCUCGGGACAUGCUCAGCUCGAAUCUCGACGUCAGGAGGUCCUCUUGAGUAAAUCGAUGUUUGGCAUGCGGAGCAGGAAGGCUGGCAUAACAAUGCUGUCGCUCGGCCUUGCCUGGAUGGGCAUCUGGAGGCUUGUCAAGUAG